AUGCCGGACCACCAACAGCCCUCAUCUAGCGCUCAAGCGCCUAGCGGCAGUAGCAACACUCCUGCUUCGGAGGUUGCAAUCGAACGCUUCGGAAAAGUCAGUGGCGAUCAUCAGCAAUUCGCUGGCGCUUUGCCUGCAUACAUCACGAUUGUCCCGGAUGAUAACGAGGGCCCUUUAAACGAUCAAGACGGCAAUCUGACCAGCACAGAUUUGGUAGUCGGAGGACAUAUGUUGGUGACUGCCACAGAAGAAAAUCGUCGGCAAGCAUUAGCCAGAGAUAAAUGUUUGGAUGCCAUCGCACAAGCCUCGGCGACGCAGGCUGCCAACAACGUCAGCGAUCAGACUCGAUCAACUCCUUGCACAGGGAUACUGCAUCCUUUGGCACAAUGGAAAGCCGCACUUGAGCGAGCAGAGUGUCUCUGUGCGGAAAUGCUUAGGAUGGGACUGCCUUCCUGCUGUGUCACAGAGCCUACUGAACCGAAAAUGGCCGGCCCGAAGAAACCUUCCUGCACUGGGAGCCUUGAAAGCACAACGAAGCUGAGACCAAAAGCUACCACUGGCGACCAACAAGUUUGCUCCGGCGUUAUGUCUAAUUCGAGGGCAUGCUGCUCCUCGUCAACCACAACGAAAACAAGUUGCUCGUCUACGCCUGGCCCAAAGACUUCUGGCUCCAAUCCACCCGAAGCCAAAACCAAUCAGUGUGACACUCAAGGGCUUACCACGAAGACGUGUUGCCCUUCUACGCCCAGCACUAAAACAAGUCAAGUUCCAACCACCCAGCACAGCGGCUCCUCUUCAGAUAGCAAGCUUCACGCUGGUCACCAGAACCUCAUACCUGCUGCCCUUGAUCUAGAGAAAGGCUCUAAGGUGGAGCACGCCGUCACCCAUAUCUCAGGCAUGACAUGUACUGGAUGUGAGCGAAAGUUACAGCGCGUGCUCUCCAGUAUUGCCGGAGUACAGAAUGUCAAAACGAGCCUUGUUCUGGGACGGGCUGAGUUUGAUGUUGAUGCGGGGGUUUCAAUAGUGGAGGUCGCCUCUUCAUUGGAGAGACAGACCGAAUUCAAAUGUACUGUCUACCGGGAUGGUCACCAGCUCGAAGUUCUUUUACCCGGACGUUCGUCUGCUCCAGCGUCGAGACUUGGGACCACGGUGGCCUCCGAGAAGGAUUUGGAUCUGCUUCAUCGGGGCCUUGCAGGUCCUACUUAUCCCUCCGGUGUGCAAGACGUUCAGGUCAUCGAUAUCAAGGGGCGAGAGUGGAAGUCCCGUACUGCUAACGAUGGCCUCCGCCGUCGCUUGACUUUCAGGAUGUUUCAAACCAAGCCUCAAAAGUAUAGCGUGCGGAUCACCUACGAUCCUCGAAUUGUUGGAGCUAGGGACCUAUUAGAGAAAGGCUUCGGUGGUCCAUUAUCGCUGGCACCCCUCAGUUCAGAUCACGCGACGGCCACUGACACUGACCAUCUCCGCAAAACACUAUGCUUAACUUUGCUGUCGGCGUUUCUGACGAUACCUGUUCUUGUCCUGUCUUGGGCUCCACUACCCUCUCACAAGAUCGCUUAUGGAUGCGGUUCGCUUACGCUGGCGACACUGAUCCAGUUCAUCGUUGCAGGCCCUUUCUAUCCCAAGGCCGUGAAGGCCUUGCUUUUCUCUCGCAUGAUCGAAAUGGACCUUUUGAUUGUUAUCAGCACUACCACGGCCUAUAUCUACUCAUUGGUGGCUUUCGCUUAUGAAACCAAAGGUAGACCUCUGUCUACGGGGGGAUUCUUCGAAACCAGCACUCUCUUGGUCACGUUAAUCAUGUGUGGCCGACUCGCAAGCGCCUACGCUCGUCGGAAAGCCGCAGACUCGAUUGCCGUGCAGGCUCUACAGCCAUGCACAGCGAUUUUGUCCGAAGACAGGAAGGAGAGGCUGAUCGAUAUCCGUGAAUUUCAGUAUGGUGACCUGUUCAAGGUCCUACCGGACAGCAUCAUUCCUACAGAUGGGAUCAUUGUGUCUGGGGAGACCGAGAUCGAUGAAUCAAUGGUCACUGGUGAAGCGGUUCCCGUACCCAAAUGCUCGGGCUCGCAGAUCAUCGCCGGCUCUGUAAACGGCCCUGGCCCUAUUUUAGCUCGAUUAACGAAACUGCCUAUGGACAACACUAUCAGCAGGAUCGCGAGUCUGGUUGACGAAGCCAAAUUUUCAAAGCCCAGAGUCCAAGCGACUGCUGAUCGAGUGGCAUCUUACUUCGUGCCCUGCAUUCUUGCUCUCACUGUCGUCGUCUUCUCGAUUUGGAUUGCAGUAGGGUUUGCGGUGAGAAACAACUCCAUCUCAGAUGCCAUCGUCACUGCUAUUACGUACGCUCUGGCGGCUUUGAUCGUGUCUUGCCCUUGUGCUAUUGGACUGGCCGUGCCCAUGGUGAUGGUUAUUGCAGGUGGAGUUGGGGCCCAGCACGGCGUGGUCUUCAAGUCGCCAGAGGCCAUCGAAAAUGCCAGAAACGCCUCUCAUGUCGUCUUUGACAAGACGGGCACUCUUACACAAGGGAAAUUUGUUGUGGUAGAAGAAGUCUAUUGCAAAGAGAAUCGCCACGAAGCAGCUUCAAUAGCCAAACAAUUGGCCUCCAGCAGCAAGCACCCAAUUUCGCAAGCUCUGACAACGCACCUCGAGCCCCUUGACAACACUCCUAUCAGACUCCAAAGCGUCUCAUCUGCCGUCGGAAAGGGCAUGCACGCGACCUUGGAAGGCCAACCCGUGAAAGGGGGUAAUCCUUUCUAUGUGGAAGCCGUCCAAGACCCCAACGUCCAACGUCUAUCAUCACAAGGGCUGUCAGUGUUCUGCGUUCGUCACGGCUCAACCCUACUAGCAAUCUACGGUCUUCGCGACGCCCUCCGCCCAGACACAAUAUCCGUCAUUUCGGCGUUGAAAGCCCGGAAUAUCCUCGUCUCUAUCGUCAGCGGCGACUCUGUUACCGUAGUGAACAAAUUGGCAACGGAACUCGGUAUUCCUCUCUCCCGCGUCAAAGGCCAGUGCACCCCGGAAGAGAAAGCCUGCUACAUCACCUCGCUCUCCGCUGCCCCACCGGAAGGCAAAUAUAAGAGUUCCACUACUACCACUAUUUUCUGCGGCGACGGUAGUAACGACGCCGUGGCUCUUGCGCAAGCCGACAUCGGCGUCCACAUAGCCGGCGGCACCGACGUGGCCAAAAGCGCCGCCGACGUAGUGCUCACACACCAGUCACUAUCUGGCAUCCUGGCCCUUAUGGAUCUCUCGCGGGCAUCCAUGCGCCGUGUCUACCUCAACUUCGCCUGGGCCUUCGUCUACAAUCUCUUUGCCAUAAUGCUCGCGGCAGGCGCUUUUGUGACAGCACGAAUCCCGCCCGCCUAUGCCGGCCUCGGUGAGCUUGUGAGUGUGCUACCCGUCAUCGCGGUGGCGAUGCAAUUGCGGUGGAUGAGGUUUUAA